AUGCCCAUUCCGACUUGGACGACCGCCUCCGGGGCAAGUCUCUCCCAUGAACAUCAAUCUUUCAGAGCUGCUUCCACUCCUGGUCAUAGCUUGGAUAUCAAUUGCCAGAGUGAAUUGUUUGGUAACGCUCUCUAUGCUGCUGCUGCACUUUGCAACUAUUAUGGACAUAUUCCCUGGCUCAUUUCCCAUGGAGCAAAUGUCAACCAAACCGGCGGACGAUGGCACACACCCUUUAGAGCUGCCGUAGAGGGUUCCCAGUCAGAAGAACGCCUUGAUAUCCUUAUCCAGCUUGGCGCUUGCGCAAACCUCCAAGGUGGUGAAGGAGGGCGUACGGCCUUGAUGGCCAACCUCGAGAAGGCAGCACUCCAUGCAAACUACCAGCCCAGCCACACCCUCAUGGAUCAAACAGGUAUAGAUCUCACUCUCAUAGACGACGCAGGACAGUCACUCCUCCACUACUACUGUCGUCUCGGCAUGGCCUACCAUAUCGACCGCCUCCUCAAGCACCGACCAGCUUCGGCCGGGGUAGAUAUCAACAAAAUAAGCGACUUCGGCACGCCGCUACUCAUUGCUAUCAGGCACGAGCCUUAUGGGCAGCGGUUAAGCAGAGGUGAAGCUGUGAAGGCGUUGCUGACACAUGGAGCGGAUUUACAUAUCGCGGACAAGAAUGGGAUGUCGCCUGCCAUGUUGGCACAGCUCCGAUUAUCGGGGACAUACGCAAGAAUGGUGACGGCAUACCCUGUGGGCGCGGAGAUAUUGAUGUGGCAAAACAGGAGAAUGGAAUGA